GGAGGAGGAGGAGGAGGGAGUUUGAGAAAUAGCUUAAAACAGUGAGAACUGCAGACAUUCGUGAGCACAUGGAAAGAGCCAGAGCAGCGCUAACAAAAAACUUUAAGAAAACAAACUAAGCAGCAUCAAAAGAGACAUGGGAUCACUUUGUGGAAACCUGGCUGUACUUCUCCUCUUCCUCUCACCUCUAAUGCACUCCCACCUCUUCGCUCGUGCUUCUACAUCUUCCCCGCCCACCACUCGCAAGGAGAUCAUAAUCAUGAACGACUUUACCUUAGUUAACACCAGCACUGAUUAUGAUGACUACAGUAUUAUUCCUGAAGUGGUGCCCUCUGUUAAACAUCCCCGUUUGCACAAUGAACCCGGGACUACAGCCUGUAACUACAAUUCCUGCCUGGAAAAUCAGGAGCCCUGUGAAAUGAUCAAAGCUAGAGAAGGGUGUCUCUGCCCUGGGAGGAGUGGUGAGGACAGGCCUCCUCAUGCUCCACGUAUCCAAGCACUGCAGCCAAUCACCACAGGGGAAAGCGCAGGGAAGGUAGAAGUGCAGUGGUGCGCUCCUGACUCAGAUGUUUCCUCCUACAAGGUGAUUGUAGAGGGAGGUGGCAGCGAUUUGGAGUUUGGGAAUGGUGCCCGACGAGGCAUGGUGGGAUAUCUGGAGGUGGGGACAAAGGUUUGCGUGGAAGCAAUAAACAAAGCCGGACACAGCGGUUACUCUGACUUCUCCUGUAAGCGGUACGAACGUCCUGAAUCUUUGGAGCUCAAACUGCUGGCUGGGGUCAUAGGAGGAGGAAUCGUCUUAAUUCUGCUUCUUAUUAUAGUAGCUGUGGUCCUCUGUAGGAGAAAAAUGUGUCAGAAAGCACAGAGGGAAUCAGUCAGUGGACUGGGAAACCCGUCUUACAAAUCAGAAAGAGCAUCAUGAACCAGACAAAAGAAAUGUGGACAGUUCAAUCCAGUCAAGUUAAUUAA